UCCUGCACAAGUCAACGACCAGGAGGCUGUGGAGACACUGUGAACAUCUCUCUUGGAUUAAGUGACUUGUUCAAAAGAGGAAAAAACUGAGAUCUAGACAGCGUAGGUGAUCAAAGACACUGAACUCUCAAAAAAUCUUUCCACAUCAUAAUGAAGUUAGUCUUCCUCUGCAUUCUUUCAACCCUGCUUGGUACCUUGGCCUAUAAUCCAGAUCACAUAGCUGGCAGCACUCCUCCCUACUUGGUCUACCUGAAGUCUGAUUACUUGCCCUGCACUGGAGUCUUGAUUCAUCCUUUAUGGGUGAUCACAUCUGCACACUGCAAUUUACCGAACCUUCGGGUUGUUCUUGGGAUAAGCAACCCAUCGGAUCCCCUGGAAAGGGACGUGGAGGUGUCUGACUAUGAGAAAAUGUUCUACCAUCCAUAUUUCUCAGUCUCAUCCAUUGCAUAUGAUCUCCUGUUAAUCAAACUGAAAAGAAGGAUUAGACACAGUAACUAUGCAAAAGCAGUCAAACUGCCUCAACACAUCGUGCCUGUGAAUGCCAUGUGCUCUGUGUCUACCUGGGCCUACAAUCUAUGUGACACCACCAAGGACCCUGACUCACUGCAGACCGUGAACGUAUCUGUAAUCUCCAGGCAUGAUUGCCGUAAUGCCUAUAAAGCCUUUGACAUUGCAGAAAACAUGAUCUGUGUGGGCAUCGUGCCAGGGCGGAGGCUGCCCUGUAAGGAAGUCACAUCUGCCCCAGCAGUCUGCAAUGGGGUACUUUAUGGAAUCUUGUCUUAUGCAGAUGGCUGUGUUUUGAGAGCUGAUGUUGGCAUCUAUGCUAGCAUCUUUCACUACAUGCCCUGGAUUGAAGAUACCAUGAAAAACAACUGAGUUCCCACAGCAAGGAGAAUUCUGAAACAUGUGACAAAGCACGUGCCCAAAUCCAACCUCACAAUUAAAACAAAUGGGCUCAUUGGCCCGUGAGAGGCGCACCGGC